UAGGGGCGUACUCGGGAUGAUGCAGGUUCGGCAGGACUCUUUGUGGGGGUUCACUGUGGUGAGACGCAGCGGGGAAGCUCCACUGUCACUACACAACAGCCUUUCUGUCUUCAAUAAAGAUGCAGACCUGGGUUGUGAUCUGUUGGGCUAUCGUUGCCGUGGUUGGUGCAGAUGAGUGUCCAGAUGGAGGCAGGUGUGCGGAAGGUCAAACCUGCUGCAGCAGCCCAACAAACAGCUAUGGUUGCUGCCCGUUUGAUCAGGCUGAAUGCUGUGAGGAUCACAUCCACUGCUGUCCAGCAGACACGAUCUGCGACCCAGAGGCGUCCCGUUGUGUGAACGACACCGUGUCCAUCCCAUGGAUGGAAAGGACCUCCGCUCUCCAGCCCACAGUCUCUAAAUCCUUCAGGAUGAUCAAGUCCUACAUGGGUGAAGACGACGAUAACAUCUGUCCUGAUCAGUCACGAUGCCCUGCUGAGUUUUCCUGCCUGAAGACUUUGACAAAGUUUGGAUGCUGUCCGCUAGCGAAGGGAAUCUCCUGCUCUGAUGGGAAGCACUGCUGUCCUGAGGGCCACCACUGCAGCAUCGACAGCCGCUCCUGCAUCCAAAAAGAACGUGUGACAGCUGUCCGGUGUAGCGAUGGCGUUUCCGAAUGCCCAGAUGAAACAACCUGCUGUGAAACUCCAGAAGGCAAAUGGGGUUGCUGUCCAAUGCCAAAGGCUGUGUGCUGCAAUGAUAAGAAACACUGCUGCCCUGAAGGGACAACAUGCAACAUUGAACAAAUGAAAUGCAUUUCCAUAUCUACCAAAAAGGAGCUGCCAAUGUGGGCUAAGUUCCCUGCCAGACAGAGAGCAGACUGGGAGAACCAAAACGAGGGUGAAGAAAUUACCGCAAAGACAGCCGAUGAGGAAGAAUCAGAGAAAUCCAUUGAAGCUGCUACAGCCAGUCCACUUCCUCCUUUGGAGGAGGAAGUGGAUGUGUCAUCUGUUACUAAGGCAGAUGGAGUCAACAAAGUGGCUUGCAAUGAAACGGCCGCCUGUCCCGAUGGCUCCACCUGCUGCAAAACAAGAGAAGGCGGCUGGGCUUGUUGUCCUCUGCCAGAGGCUGUUUGCUGUGAAGAUUUUGUACACUGCUGUCCAAAGGGGAAGAAAUGUAACUUGGCAGCAGGAAAAUGUGAAGAUGACCUUCUCUCCAUCCCCUGGUUUGAGAAGAAACCAGCGAUCUCCAGAUCGGGUGUGGAGGUGCAGGUGAAGGAUGUGCCAUGUGACGACACCACCGCCUGUCCCGAUGGCACCACCUGCUGCAAAACAAGAGAAGGCGGCUGGGCUUGUUGUCCUCUGCCAGAGGCUGUUUGCUGUGAAGAUUUUGUACACUGCUGUCCAAAGGGGAAGAAAUGUAACUUGGCAGCAGGAAAAUGUGAAGAUGACCUUCUCUCCAUCCCCUGGUUUGAGAAGAAACCAGCGAUCUCCAGACCGGGUGUGGAGGUGCAGGUGAAGGAUGUGCCAUGUGACGACACCACCGCCUGUCCCGAUGGCACCACCUGCUGCAAAACAAGAGAAGGCGGCUGGGCUUGUUGUCCUCUGCCAGAGGCUGUUUGCUGUGAAGAUUUUGUACACUGCUGUCCAAAGGGGAAGAAAUGUAACUUGGCAGCAGGAAAAUGUGAAGAUGACCUUCUCUCCAUCCCCUGGUUUGAGAAGAAACCAGCGAUCUCCAGAUCGGGUGUGGAGGUGCAGGUGAAGAAUGUGCCAUGUGACGACACCACCGCCUGUCCCGAUGGCACCACCUGCUGUAAGAACACGGAAGGUGCCUGGGCCUGCUGUCCUCUGCCUAAGGCGGUCUGCUGUGACGACCAUCUGCACUGCUGCCCUGAAGGCACCACCUGUAACCCGACCAGCACUGGUUGUUUACAAGCUUCAGCCUCAACGUCCGUCAUGCUGCAGGUCGCUGCGUUCACCACUCCGGUACCCACCACAACAACCCAAUGCUUGGUGACAACCCCAGCAGAGUCCAGUGAAGAGGAUGAGCGAUCCAUACAAGAGGGAGAUGAUGAAGAGGAAGAGGAGGAGAAGGAAGAAGAGAGGAAUCAGUGUGAUGAUCACACCAGCUGCCCUCAGGACACAACCUGCUGCUUUAUGCAGUCGUCUCAGAAGUGGGGCUGCUGCCCACUGCCAAAGGCUGUGUGUUGCGCCGACGGCAGCCAUUGUUGCCCUGAAAACUACAAAUGUAACGAGGACAAGACGACGUGCGUCAGAGGGGAAGUGGAGAUCCCGUGGUACACCAAACUCCCCGCCGUUACCAGCGUCCAGGUUGAUCCCAACAACAUCCAGUGUGACGACGACCACCAGUGUCCUGAGCACACCUCCUGCUGCAAGCUGUUCACCGGCGAGUGGGGCUGCUGCCCGCUGCAAAAUGCGGUGUGCUGCUCAGAUAAGGAGCACUGCUGCCCAGAGGACUACACCUGCGACGUCGUCUCCAAUAGCUGCCAGAAGCUCAUCUUGCUGCAGCUGGAGACGGUCCCGCUGACACCGGUGUUCCUGCCGGAGUACCAUCUUCAGCUCACGCCGCUGAAGCACAGAAACGUCCAGUGUGACGGGCAGAAAAGCUGCCCGGACGACAACACCUGCUGCAGGACGUCUGCCACCACCUGGGGCUGCUGCCCGGCUCCUAAUGCGGUGUGCUGCAGCGACAUGAAGCACUGCUGUCCCUCCGGCUACACCUGCACAGAGGAAGGCUCCUGCGUCAAGAACUCCGGGUUCAACUGGCAGACAUGGGACAUGUUCUCCACCAACAAGAAGAGAGCUCUGAUUCUAUGAAAACAUGCUGAAAUUAAUUUCUACUUGAAAAAAAUAAAUCUAAAAUACAUUUAAUACUUUGUGCUAAAACGUGGUAAAUGGUGAGCAGUAAAACUGAAUUGCGCUUAAGGAGACUGUUGGGGAACGUGAGCUUUGAUUGAAAAGUUUCUGUCUGCAUGUUUGGUGCAACAAAAUGUUGUUUUUCUUCUGCACACACAGUUUAACACUUGAAACUCUAACAAAUCAAGAAAAAACCGAAACACUCAGAAUGCAACAUAAAUCUUCUCACUAAAUCAUUGUUGUCAUGAUCUGCUGCAGCUGCCUUUUGUUCACAAACUGCAUUCUUCUGUCAAUAAUCUGUAAUUUUUCUCUAAAUCAAUAAUAACCACUGACAGAUUGGAAUGGACUGUUAAAUUUAAAUGAUUAACAUUUAUUUUGUUGGUAAAUCAGCUUGGGACUUCAUAUUGAAUUGAAAAAAAACUGUGGAUCAUUUAUUCAUUUAAUUCUUUUCAUCAAUCAAACUUAUUGAUUUGGGGCAAAACUAUUAAUUUAAUUGUUCCAGCUUAAUUAAAAAACAAAUCUUUGUUUUCCAUGAAACUAAUAAACAAGAAGUGACUUUAAAA